CACUGCGCGUGAACAAAACAGGACAUUAUGGCGCCUGACGGAGACAUUAUUGUGUGUAUAACAGUUAUGUGUUCUUCAUCAGUACGUACACAUAUAUAUCGUGUGACAGCGUAAACGUUGUUAAUAUUUGUUGGUGUCCGGAUACAUUAGCCUGAGCGCACGUUGCUGCUUUACGCGCUAGCUUAACUUGCUAGCUAGCUUAGCAUGUUAGCUGCUAACAAAGUGAGGCGGAAGUGAUCAACACGUCGCUAAGCAGAGAUCACAUGUGAGUGUAAAGUGUUGGGAUUGUGUGAAAAUGUGUGAAAGAACGAUAGCAGAGUACGAGGAGGAACGUUCUUCAACAAAAGAGGAGAAGGAGCGACAACAUCAACUACUGGACGCUGUUUUCAAGAAUGAUGAAGUUGUGUUACACAGAACAGAUGUCCAGCAGUCCCCCCGUGUAAACGAGGAAGAAGCGGAGACACAACAUCCCCACAUUAAAGAGGAAGAGGAGGAUCUCUGGAUCACUCAGGAGGGGGAGUGUCUUCGAGAGCAGGAGGAGGCAGAGUCCUCAGAGCUUCAUCGCAGUCCAAAUGUCUGUGAGGAACAUCUUCUCCCUGAGCAGCAAGAGUGGACCUCCAGAAUGGAGCAGGAGAAGUCACAGCCUCCACUCAUUAAAGAAGACGAUGAGGGAGAUCUAGAGGAGUUCCCAUUAAAUAUUGUCGUUGUAAAGAUUGAAAAUGAUGAGGUCAAAUGUGAAAGUGAGGAGAAGAGAGAGGCGGAGCCUCCAAGCAGCAGCUCAGCUCAUCACAUGACAACAGAAGGUGAUGGAGACCACUGUGGAGGAUCACAAGCAGACAAGCUCUUAGCUCCACUAUCAGAUAAUGACGACACAACGUCACACUCUCCUGACACUGAUGAUGAAGACUCUAUAGCUGGUAAGACAUGUGACACUGACAACACACACUUCCAAUGCUCUCACUGUGACAAAACCUUUAAUCGCCUUGGUAAUUUGAAAAGACACCUGAGAACACACACAGGAGAAAAAACAUUCACGUGCUCCGUUUGUAGUAAAAGAUUUUCUCUGAAGCAAAACUUGACAACGCACAUGAGAAUACACACAGGAGAAAAACCUUUUUCCUGUUCAAUUUGUGGUAAAGGUUUCAUACAAAAUAAUUAUUUGAAAGCACACCUGAGAAUGCACACCGGUGAAAAACCGUUCAUGUGCUCAGUUUGCGGCAAAAGAUUCAAUCACAAGCAUCAUUUAAAAGCACACACGCGAGUGCACACAGGAGAAAAACCCUUUUCAUGUUCGAUUUGUGGUAAAGGUUUUAUACAAAGCAAUUAUAUGAAAAUACACAUAAGAACACACACGGGGGAAAAACCAUUUUCUUGUUCAAUCUGCGAUAAAGGUUUUUUACAGAGUCAACAUUUGAAGUUACACAUGAGAACACACACUGGCGAAAACCCUUUUUCUUGUUUAAUUUGUAGUAAAGGCUUUACACAAAGUCACCACUUGAAAAGACACAUGAGAAGACACAGUGAUGACAAAGUGUUGAGUUGCAGUGUGUGAUGAAAGAUUGUCUUAAAAGUAAACGCAGGUGUGCUGGUGAGAACAGCAGCAGCAAAUGAAGCAGCAGGAUUUUAAAUAAACUGUCAAAACUUUGACUUUCUAACAACAUCGCCACAUAUAACAUCUGACAUCAUUGUGUUUAACUCAAUCUUUUACUAUUCAUACAUUACGUUUUUUAGAUUAGUGCCUUUGUGUCAGUCAAGUACAAAAUAUGCAGCAUCGAUAUAUUUUCAAAAAAAUUUUUGCUUACCCUUUUAUUACUUUUUCCAUUCUUUAAAAAAAUGUUUCAACAAUUAUAUUUAACAUACAAUAAACAUGUGUAUACUGACAAUAGUCAUAAUUUAGUUUUAUAGUUAUUUAUAAUGCGGUUUUCAAAUGUGUAAAGUGUCAAACAUAUUUUAAUUUUUAAUUGUAAAUGAUUCCAUAGAUGAACUGCUUUAUAUGAUGUACAUAUUUGUUUUACAUUUGUUUAUACCUUUGCUUUUGAGUACACAUAAAUCCCACUUAGUUCACAUCUGAAACAUCUUCUGGACCACUUCUGGAAGCAUAUUGUAAUUUACUUUAUAGAUCAUGUGAGCAGUUGUGUAAGAUCAUUUGUUUUUAAAAAGUGUGACUUUAUAAAUGAUUAAUGAUACUUAUUACUCUCUUUUAUUAUAUGAAUAUUCAUUUUUUUGAUUGUUUUAUACAGCGUGUAUGUCCCCUGACCUUUUAUGCAAUAAGCAAUGUAUACUUCAACUAAAGUUGGGUACAAUAAAUGUAGUAAAUACCAUACCAUACUGUAGAGGUUGACCUCUAGUGGGUUCUUCGCCAGGAGAGCCCGGAUUUCAGGGUACAACACUGUUUCAACUACCUGUCUCAUUCCGGCUGCUGCUAAUAAAGGCGACAGGUGAUUAGAUAUCAAGGCCCACCUGGGCCAUCUACUCACCCGUCGCUGUCUUCGAGGCCAGUCCUGGCACACCCCGUUCCGCGGCAGGCCCGCAGGCCACGCCCCCUCCACACAUUUCAACUUUAUUAAUAAAGCCCUUUAAAAACAACCACAGUUGAUAUUUAUUGUGUGUAUUUAGUUUUUAAUGUGAUUUAUAGAUAAUUAGUAUAUACAAAUAAUCAUCAAAUAUCAUUGUUAUUAUUAAGCAUCUAUUGGAGUACACCUCUGUUUCGAACUUGAAUCAAGGGGCCUUGAACUCCCCACAGUUAUGUGCUAUGUAACGCAAAAGUGAAGCUUAAACGCUGCCACAAAUAUAUGUACUUAAU